AUUGCCCAUCUCUAAAAUAGUAGAAUUUUGUUUUAAUUUUUGUGAUAAACAAUGGCGAGCGAAGACCUUUUUGAGCAUGAAUUCUCGGAAGAACAGGAUCUGGAGCUUCAGCAGGCCAUGGAGACGGAGGCAGAGGAGGCGGAGGAGGACAAGGAAUCCUCAGAAGUCAUAGAGGAAACACCGGGCAAUCUAGAGGAAUCUGCCACAAAGGCAGUUGCUGACAAGCCGUUGACGAAUGGAACCAAACCUGCUGCAGAUCACGAAGCCAGGUUGACACAACUUCCCUUGGCCAGAAUACGAAACAUUAUGAAACUGGAUCCGGACCUGCACAUGGCCAACAAUGAGGCUGUCUUUACAGUGGCCAAAGCCGUGGAACUGUUCAUCGCCUCGUUGUCCCGCGAAUCCUACACCUACACGGCACAGGCCAAGAAGAAAACCAUCCAGAAGAGGGACGUGGAAAUGGCCAUAUCGGCUGUGGACAGCCUGAUGUUCCUAGAUGGUGCCAUGAACUUCUGAAGCCCCACAGGAAGUACCCCACAAAUGAUACAGGACUUGUUGAUUACUCAUUUCUUUAUUUUGGGGUAUUUCUCGCGGCAAACACAUUCAGUUCUAUUCGGCCUAGUACGGUUUAAUGUUAAAAAUUAUAUGUAAGUUAUAAAACAAUUGUUGGUUCGCAGGAAAACAAACGAAAUAAAAGAAAAUCAUAACUAUAAACGACAA